AUGCGUAUUGAAAGCGUGAAACGAGGCACAAGUGUUUUUGAAAAUGCGGUAAAAGUCGAAUUUGAGGAUUUGGGGUCUUCUACUUACGAUUGGAUCUACCUGCGUGAUAACUGUCCUUGUAGUGAAUGUCAGCAUGUCCAAACCAAGCAAAGGGUGUUCGAUAUAUUCAAUACGUUGAGCAAUAAGCCGGGGAAAGAUUUGGAAACAAGUUUGAAACGGGUCGAGCAGUAUUUGGCGGAUUCAGAUUUUCAAAUUAUGAAUAGUAAACUCGUUUGCAAUUGGUCCGAUUCGCAUAUCUCCGAAUUUGACGAGAAAUGGCUUCUACAACACUCUUACGAGCCGAAGCUAACUUCCAAGUCUCGAAAAAUUAUACCGAAUAUAAGAACAUGGGGCUCUCAUGAGUUCUGGCAAUUGAACAGUGACGGAACUGGUGUAAAUAGUUACGAUCGGCUGACGCAUGAAUUGCCCCAGAUUUUUGAACAAAUUCAUGUCAAUGGAUUCGCAUUUAUUCAAAACGUUCCCGUGACUCUCGAGUCAACGGAACGAGUCUCUGCUGCGAUUUCUAUUAUUCGGCCUACCCACUAUGAUCCCUGUGUUUGGGAUUUUACGUCAGAUCUGGCAAAAAACGACACCGCUUACACCUCCUUGGCCAUUGACAUGCAUGUAGACGGCACUUACUGGAAUGAACCUCCCGGAUAUCAAUUGUUCCAUCUACUCGAACACACCAAUGGUGAAGGCGGAGAUACCAGGAUAGUCGACGUGGCAAAAAUUCUAGAAAUUUUGGUUAUAAAGGCUGCGGCGGAUCGUUCCUGGCAGAAAACACUUCAAGUGCUAUCCGAACAACCUCUGGUGUUUCACCAGUCCGGCGAUUCAAAUCAAGAAUUUGAACAAGACAGUUUUCCCACCCUCACGCUGGCCAAGGACGGAUCUCUCGUACAAUGUCGCUGGAAUACAAGUGAUCGUGCCGCUUUCAUAGAACCUUUGCCCCGUUUUACCGUCGCAGACAUAUACCAGGCGCUGUUCAGAUUCAAUGCGUUAAUUAACAAUCCGGACAACUACGUUCAAUUUAAGAUGGAACCAGGCAAGAUUUUUGUGUUUGAUAAUUGGAGAGUUUUGCAUGCUAGAACCGCUUUCACAGGUUACAGAAGGUUGUGCGGCUCCUACUUGACUCGUGAUGACUUCAUGGCCAGAUUUAAAAGCUGUUACCCUAAUUCGCAUGAUGCGUAA